AUGAUCAUUGCACGUACAAAUGAGAAAUUGACGAUUCGCAUUGACCGCGGCCAUCGGCCAUCGGUCGUUUUUGACGAGCACUCAAACCAUGUACAAAUAUAUAUACCCAUUGAUUUGUCGAUCAUCUAUCAGCCAAUCACUCAGGAUGUCGGUUAUGGUUACAGUAUCAAAUUGCAACGAAUGCAGCAACAGUACAAAAUUGUUGUACAACACCGGAAUGAAAAAAAGCCCGAAUGUGUCGUUUUCGCCUCGCAUUUGGCAUAUGAGCAAGAAAUAAAAACAAUCGUUAAAGAAGUGAAUACGAAGAUUUCAGAUAUGAACAUUGCUGGAUCAAACCUCGAGGUUCACGGCGUUCUUCGUGGAAAUAAUUUAACAUUUGAGAGCACCGUUGGUACACUUCAUGUCUAUGCAAAAAUCACAUGCACCGGCUCGCUUCAUCUCCACUCGCAGAAUAUCGUGCUCUCCACCGAAUCAUUAUUGUGCUCCGAUGUUUUCAAAGCGAUUUGCCGAAAGGUGCAAAUCGACGGACGAGUUUAUCCGUUUGACGCCGAUUCCAAAAUGAUGGUGGAUUUGUCAUGCGGUUUGGUUCACAUUGGUGUUGAUGGAAGCAUUGGAUGCUCUAUUGAGAGCUCGAAUAAAACGACGAGGCUAAAACAAGUAAUCGCAUCGAGUAUGAGAUUGAAUAUCUCUGGCGAUCUAGCAAACUAUGGAAAAAUUGUUUCCAAGGAGAAUAUCGAUUUGAUAAUUUCGGGAAGUCUCAUCUCGUUAUCCGAUGGGAGUCUCGACAGCGCCGGACGCGGCUACAACGCGCUGAAGAAGCUGCGCAAGAUUGACGGCGGAAACGCGUACUCGCCGUCGAGCAGCGUCAUGCAUACGGCGAUUCAGAGUCAAAAUGCGAACGCAGUGGCGAAUCUCAUCGAGAAGGGCGUCGAUUUGAACGAUCGUGUGCAGAGGAGCAGUACGACGAAGAAGAACCAGACGUUGCGACAGAGCGCGAUUGCCGAAUACAAAGAGGCCCGCAUGAAAUCGGAGAGGAAUUCGGUGCGCGAGAAGAUCACGCUAAUCAACGCGCUGUUUGCUGCACACGACUGGAAGCGCGGCUCGAUAAGCUCGCUGAAAAUCGAAGCGGUCGUCGGACGGAAUUGCGACGACACCGCGCAAUUCUCGGCGAACACGUUGAAGCUGAAUAUUGGAGGCAGCGCGACGGUGGAGAAGGACUCGAUCUGGAGCAGCACAUGGGUUGAGCUCGAUGCCAGAUCUCAUGUGUUUCUUCACGGGCAGAGCAAAACGAGAAGUCUCAUCAUGCACAGCAAUGGGACCGUCGUGACGACAUCUGACGCGAUUUUGUCGGCGGAGAUGUUCGCGAGAAUUCAAUGCUCAAAAUUUGAAUGCGACGGAAUGUGGUGCACCGGCGAGAGUCUCGCAAUUGACGCUGUCGGUGGCGUUCAAUUCACUCGAUCAUCGUACGUCGAAUCGGAGAAACUUGAAAUCGAAUGCGGCGGAGGUUGCGAUGUCGACGGCACCUGGCAGUUGACAUCGUGCUGGACGCACGUCACCACAAUGCUCAUCAUUCAACACAACGCGAAACUCUUCAUCGAGGACUGCGCGAAUAUCUCGGCAUUCGGCUUCAACUUCAACGGAUUCUUGCAUGCCACCAACAAGCUUGACGUCAUUCUUCAAGACUCGGCGCAUUUCUCGGGAAUGUCGCGUCUCGAAGCGCACACCUUCAAUCUGACAUGCAAGGGAUUUUGCACGAUGGGCGGAGCGAUUGUCGUCAACGAUCUAGUCGUCUAUGUAAGGAAUGAUUUGAUCGCGACGUGCUCCGCGAAAAUCAUGGUGACACACGACGGCGAUAUCACGACGGGAUCAUUUCGGAACGACGCGUUGUGGCAGGUUGAGAAAAAUCUGAAAAUGAUCACCGGAUUUAUCGAACAAUCAGAAGACGGGACACUUUUUGUCAAAUAUUCAAUGAACAUCAACGUUCAUGACGAUUCUCUUGAAUGCUUUGGAGGACGAUUGAUCUCGAGCGAAAUUAAUAUCAAGUCGUUAAAGAGGGCCGUUUUUGAUGGAUUGGUUCGAUGCAAUGAAAUGCAAGUAUCAUUGCCCUAUGUGUCAGAAUCCGAGAUGACCUUGAAAGGACAAGUUGAUAUAGUUGCCGGCUCGCUGACGGUUCAUGGCAAUCUUAAAACCGAUGAGCAUCACGACAUCAAGGAUCCGAUUGCGCCGGGCCUCAUCAUUUCUUGCGCGCUCACAGCGGUGUCGAUCGUCGCUCCGUUCGCUUCGAUUUACAUCACCGAACAAUCGAUCGUUCGACUCAGCGGUCUCAAAUCGAAAUCGGCCGAUGAGUUCAGCAUUCUCAUCAACGCCGGCGCUCUCUCAACAGCCAAGGAAAGCAGCGUUUUGUCGUUUGCCGAUUCGUCGUCGCUUCUUCUCGGCGACACGCCUCGCGCUUGCGUCGUCAAAUCCGAGGCGAUCGUAUGCGCCACCACGUUCCAUCAUCGCGGUCAGAUCAAGUUCAGCGGGCGCGAGGUGACAAUCAUCUCGCCGAUCUAUGUGCACGAUGGCCGACUAACGAAUCUCGACAACAAGCAGAAUCACGUGACGAAUUUGCUGAUUCACGUCGGCGAAUUGUUGCGCAACGACGGAAUCAUUGCGUGCGGAGUUUUGGACAUCAUCGGCGACGGAAUUCUGGAGAACACCAAUCGAAUUUGCGCGGUUGACUCGAUGGACAUCAAAUUGCGAAAUUUCAACAACGAUCAAGGAUUGAUUGAAUCGAAGAACGCGAUGAAGCUUCUCGCCGUUUCGAAAGAAUGGACGAAAAUUGGGGGCUCGAUCAAAGCGAAAAAGCCGGUGGACAUUUGCGCGAAUCGGUUGAACAUUGCGAUUCGGAACGUUCAAAAUCUGUCAUGCGAUAAACGCCUGAGCUUCUCGGCAACAACGGACCUUCUGAUUUCCAGUGAUGUUGUCGAUGAAUCGAAAGAGCUGUCUGUUGGCUGCGCCGCGAGACAAACGGUGUCGGUUGAUUGCGAGAUGCAGCUCGAUCGACUCGAGGUUCAUCUUGGAUCCGAGGGAACCUCCAAAGAAACGGUGCUCUUCACAGUUCACCAGAAGGCCAAUGUUCUCGCCAACACGAUCAUCGUUUCAUCGAAAUGCGAGCACCUCCAAAUGAUUGUUGAUGGUCGAAUUCAAUGCAAUCGCCUUCGAUUCACGGGAAACAUCAAAUGCGUGACUGUGGUCGGCUCGGGAUGUUUGGAGAGCGUCAACAUUGGCGCGCUCAACUGUCGUCUAGCGUUCGAAAUGUACAAUAUUGUGCGUGUCGACGACAUUCAAUGUGCAACGUUCGAUGUCCUCAAAGAGAACAUUCUUCGCCUUGAAGCGUGCGAUGGCGAGGAGACGACGUCGAUAAUCGCCGACGAUUUGAAAAUUGAGGGCACGUUGUUUCUCGGCAAAAAGUUGUUCAUCAAAUCGAGAGAGGGAACGAUUCGUCUCGAUGGCUCCAUUUUUGGCUCGUCGCCCGACAGCGAAAUCGCGUGCGAGUCAUCGAAAGCGAUCAUCAAAGGCCAAUUGGGAACGUUCAAGUUUGCCGAGAUUUACGCGCGCGACAGCAUUUCGGUGCAAAACGAGAAAAUUCGCAACAUUGAAAAGUUGUGCAUCGAGUGUGGCGAUUUGAGUAUGUAUGACGCCGAAAUCGAAGCGUGCCGCAAUAUCAGCAUCAAUUGCGACUCGUUGACGUCGUCGGGAUAUGUUCAAGGCGAGCUUGAUGGAGAAUCGACGAUGGUUAUUCAUGCGACGAAUAUCCACUCAAAAAUGGACAUUACGAAUAUGGGACGAAUUUCCAUCGCGUGCAAGCGUUCAACGGCUGUUCAAGGAAAAGUCGAGAAUGUGAAGCAGAUGGAUAUUGAUUCGAAAUGGCUCAACAUGUCAUGUGAUAUUCAGAAUGUCGGCGAUAUCAAACUUUCAGCAUGGGCUAUUUGCAACACGCGUCAAAUCUAUGCGAACAAGAUUAGCAUCACUGCUCUCAGCGCGUUUAUCAAUAAUUCGGCGGUGCUCGCCGACGCUUCAUGCGAAAUCGUCGCCUCGUUUGUUCUCUCGAUGAAUCGGCACUCGGCAAUCAAUUCGGAUGCCAUUGAUAUUCAUUCGUUGUGUCUCUGCACGCGCAAUGAUCUCAAUGUCAAUGGAAUCAACUAUUUGUGGCUUAGUUUUGAUCCGCUCACCAAAACUAUGGGCUUGACGAAUGCAGAAAUGAGCUCGUUGAAAUUAACAACAACCCUUUUGGCCGAUCGAUGGAUGGCGACGUCUCUAGACGCUGGAGAAAUUUUGAUUGGUUUAAAAUAUAUCAGCGAUCUGAAGCCGUUGAAAGUUGCAUUGAGCACUGAAAACGGUGCCUACGAAUCGUUUGUGGAGCUAAGCUCAAGAUUUGAUGAAACACCCGUAUCGUUGUUCAAUAGUGGCGAAUUUGUGAGAAUCAUUCAAUCAACGAAAAGUCUCCUCAGCGUUCUUCACGAUUCGACGAAUGGUGUCAAAAAUAAAAAGAAGCAUUCGAAUCUGGCGAAUUCUGGAAAAUUGUAUGAAGGACUUGUGCAGUUUAAGAAUGUCAAAUACUGUAAUGAAUCGAAUGAAUCAUCCGACACUGACAUCGGAUAUGUGAGUAGAAGUUCGAGUGAGGAUUUGAACUCGAAAGCGAGCCCAAGAUCUACGGAAUCUGUCGCUAAUGAGGCGAGCAGCAGCUUCUUCUCGGCCGAGCAUCUGGAUAAUAUCGAGGAAAAGGUGACACGAGCCGAAGAGGAAAUGGAAAACGAAAUGCCUUUGGACCAUAUUGCAUAUGUCAUGAAAGAAGAGGAGGAGCUCGCUGAGUUCGAGGAUCUUGAAGAUGAGCUCGAAAUGGCUGAAGAGGGAAUCAUUCGCACCGACUAUGUCGUCUGUAGAGAAAAGAAUAUUUAUUUGGCAAAGUUGCGCGAGAAAAUCCGACAAGCCAGUGCGCCUCGACCGAAGUUGAACAUUCCGAUUCAGAGGAUCCCAUCGUCCAAUGAUCUUGUAAUGAAGAAGUUGCAGGUGAAACAUGCAAUUUCGACAUUAGAUCUUCGAUCAUUUGGUAGUCAAUCAUCAUUGGCGUCGAUCGAAUUUGGAACGAUGCCCGAUUUUGGAAGCCCACUUCAAUUCAGCCAGUCAAGUCCAUUCCAGCGAUCGAAAAUACCGCUGGGCUCGUUCCGAAAUGUUUUCGUCAAUCGCAAAAUAGGUCUUGCGGCAGGUGAAACGUUGCCCAACAAUCCAAAAAAACAGAAUCACGAGUCUCAUUUUCUCAAUUCACGCGCUAUGCUCGAUAGCCUCAUCGCUUCGUCGACGGCAUAUAAUGGGACCCUGUGCUAUAAUGUGUCAAGAGGACACGCCAUCACAAUCACAUGCGAUUAUCCAAUCAUGUAUUAUAUCGAGAACAUUCUCUAUCGCUCAUUUUUUGGAUGCUUCUACGAUCUCGUCGAAAUUCUUCUACUCUCGGCUCUCUGGUUUUGCAAUUUGUGGAUUGAGCGCGAUUUUACAGAGGCAUUCUUAUCAUGCGUCGCUUUACCACUGACGGCAUCGACCGCUUUAAAAAUUGCGACAUUCGCGUGGGACCUAUUAUUCCCCAGGGAUUUUGAGAAAGCAUGGCUUAUUGACAUGUUAUACUCGAGUGCGGUGACGUCUUCAUUUAUGACACUCAUCUGCGGACUUCCAAUUUUUCUUUAUAUGGCGAUUCGUGUUGGGACCACUAGAAAACAAAAUUAUGACGUUUGCACGUGGAUUCCCUACUUCCUCAUUGUUCUUCUGUCGUUUCCACUAUCCGCGAUUUUCAACAUUUUCUAUCGAACGCCUUCAAUGCAACCGAUUCUGGUGGCAAUCAUCGCCGCCGUCAUCGUCUCAUUUCUAGCAAUGUUCGUAUUCAUCGCAAUGGGAUGUAUAGCAUUCGCGUGUUGUUCGCAGAUCAACAAACGCAUCGACAUGCUCGAUCCGGUGGUCUACGAUGCGAGAAGUCGUUUGGGAUGGUCAAUGCUUUACGCACUUGUCGUUCCAAUCCCAUGCGUUGGAUCAUUGUAUUGUUUUGUGUCGCUUGCAUAUUUUCUCGACACCACCAAUUAUUAUGAGAUGCUUAGCAAUGAAAUGUCGAUUCGCACGUGGUUCUUCUUUUUCGGACCUCUCGUCCUAUUAAUUACCUUCCUCAUAUUGCCAACCUAUCGGGAUACGAUACUUUGCGGAUGUCGGAAUCGACAGUUUAAAACGAGAAUGCUGAUGAAUCAACUUCCACCUGCCCCAUCUCCAAACACGCCAUUCCAUGUGACGAAAACUGAAGUCACUCCAGUCAUUCCGCUUAAAGAAGUGGUGGAGAAGGACAAAAAAUCCGACAGUAUAUUCACAAUAAGCGAGAAUGAAAAGAAAGCGUAUCCAGUACAGAGUUUGAAACCAGCAGCAAUUAAAUAA